AGAUAAUCAGAACAUUUCUGCUCUUUGUGUGCUACAGAUUUAUCUCUGUGUGAUAUAUAGCACCGGUGAUCCAGCACAAGGAAGCUAUGGCUUUACGGCAUGCUGAUAUAAUGACUGUUCCUACAACAGGGGCAUCAGCUAAAACUGCAGGAUAUGACAAACUUUCCUUUAAGGGUGUGAAAGCUUCUCAUCGUAUGGCAGACGAUGAUCUCCAAAGUCUGAAUAAAUAUAAGACAAGAAUCAAUAAUGUUGCUAGAAGGCAUAGAGUGGAUCCAGCUCUGCUUGGUGGAAUAACUUCUCGUGAGACCCGUAGUGGGAAUUAUCAUAAAAAUGGAUGGAGUGACGAUGGGACAUGCUUUGGUCUAAUGCAGGUUAGCAACAUAUGGCACAAGCCUCGUGGAGCAUGGGACAGUGAAGAACACCUUAAUCAGGCCACAGAGAUACUGAUUUACAUGAUAGAUGCCAUUGAUAAAAAAUUCCCACACUGGAACGCCCAGCUACGUCUCAAAGGUGCUCUUGCAGCUUAUAACGCUGGUCCUGACAAAGUGGUGGAUGAAAAUAUAGACAAAUACACCUUUGAUCGAGACUAUGCCAAUGAUGUUAUUGCUAGGGCACAGCGUUUUAAGCAACAUGGAUAUUAAUUAAAAAAUGGAGAUCUUUCCUCUGAGCAGUUCUCAAGAUAACACAUUGAGGGCCAGAUUAUGAGUGGAGCACUAAAAGUUAUGCGCAAGCAAAACGUGUUUAUCACGGGUGUUUGUGCGCAUCGAGUUUACCACUCGUAUUACAAGUUGAAAUUAAAUGUAAUCACUCGAGCGCAAUAGUGAUUUACCCUAGAAUAAUUACCACGUCCUCAAAACUCUGGUUAACUGUUUCACAAAACGAAAAAAGUGUCACAAAACACAUAAAAAAAAAACACUACAAAGUACAGUUACCUCAUAAUAACACCAUCUAAUAAAAAUUAUUUUUAAAAAUAUUGCACAAAAAAAGUUAUAAAGGCUCAAAGAUAUGAGGUCUCAGGUGGAAGACAAAGUUUUAACAUAGAG